AUGUCGAUGCAAACCAAGGCACGAGUCCGCGGACUCAUCGAGUCUGAGGCCGUGUCGGCGACGAGCAAGUUGGCGUCGAUCGACGAGCUGUAUGCGCAGCUGUGGAAGAAGCUCAAGAGGCUGCACAUGAUGCAGCAGGCAGAGCGGCUGGUCCACUGCCCGACAUCCGACGAGGCUAUCUCACCGAUCUCGGAAAAGGCAUGGAUCGGAUGGAUGUGUUAG